UGAUGAAGGGCAUGAUGGGAAAUGAGGCGGACCCGAGGGAGGACUGUAAAGCUGGAGCCUCGUGUUGGGGCUGACAUUGCCACAGUGGAGGAGAUGCCUUAGCAAUAAGCUGAAGUGUUUAGUAUGGAGUCAGUGUUGAAACUCCAGAAGGUACACUUGAAAUGCAAGAAUCUUCAUGAAUUCCUGCGGGGCCUCAGCCCAGGAGUCCUAGAUCGUCUCUACAAUCAUCCUGCUACUUGUCUAGCAGUCUUCCGAGAGCUGCCAGGCUUGGCCAAGAACUAUGUUAUGCGAAUGCUGUUUCUUGAACAACCUCUCCCUCAAGCAGCUGUGGCAUCAUGGGUAAAGAAGAAAUACACUAAAGAACAGGAGGAGAGCUCAGAUAUCUUGCUGGGGCUGCGGUUGUGGCACAAGCAGUUGCUUCCAGGGGGUCUCCAAGGAAUUGUCUUGAACCCUAUCUUCAAGGAGAACUUGCGUAUUGCCCUGCUGGGAGGUGGUAAGGCCUGGUCUGAUGACACUAGCCAGUUAGGACCAGACAAGCAUGCCCGGGAUGUCCCAUCUCUAGACAAAUAUGCUGAAGAGAGGUGGGAGGUCAUUUUGGACUUUAUGGUAGGCUCUCCUAGUGCAGCAGUGAGCCAAGAUUUAGCUCAGCUGCUCAUUGAAGCUGGCCUGAUGAAGAGUAGUGAACCUGGUGAACCACCUUGCAUUACAUCUUCUGGCUUCCAGUUCCUGUUACUGGAUACCUCAUCUCAGCUCUGGUACUUCAUGCUGCAGUAUCUCCAGUCAGCUGAGACCCGGGGCAUGGACCUGGUGGAGAUUCUUUCCUUCCUCUUUCAGCUCAGCUUUUCCACUCUUGGCAAGGAUUAUUCUGUGGAAGGCAUGAGUGAAUCUUUGUUAAACUUUCUUCAACAUCUACGGGAGUUUGGUCUAGUCUUUCAGAGAAAGAGGAAAUCCAGGCGUUACUACCCCACCCGCCUAGCCAUCAACCUUUCCUCUGGCAUCUCAGGCACUACGGUGGAUACUCAUAACCAGGGCUUUAUCGUUGUGGAGACAAACUACAGGAUCUAUGCAUACACAGAUUCUGAGCUGCAGAUUGCACUCAUUGCCCUCUUCUCUGAAAUGCUCUAUCGCUUCCCCAACUUAGUGGUGGCUCAAGUCACUCGUGAAAGUGUGCAGCAGGCCAUCGCCAAUGGCAUUACAGCAGAUCAGAUCAUUCACUUCCUGCGUACUAGAGCUCACCCUGUGAUGCUGAAACAGACCCCUGUGCUGCCCCCUACAAUCACAGACCAAAUCCGGCUAUGGGAGCUGGAGCGGGACAGAUUGCGCUUCUCUGAGGGUGUUCUCUACAACCAGUUCCUGUCCCAGGUGGAUUUUGAGCUGUUGCGUGAUCAUGCGAGGGAACUUGGGGUGCUUGUUUUUGAGAACCCUUCCAAGCGUCUCAUGGUGGUGACGCCUGCUGGUCACUCAGAUGUCAAACGCUUCUGGAAGCGGCAGAAACACAGUUCCUGAGGGCAGUUGCUACCUUCAAGAUUGAUGCUAAAAGCUUGAGAUGGUGAAGAAGUGGUUACAUCACUUUGCCCAAUAACUCUGGAUGGCUAACAGAGACAUGGAAAUAAAGAAGAAGUCUUAACUGAUUACUUCUCUUCAGCCAAAAAGAAGUUAAGAAUAAUGUGAAAGCCCUCUGGGGGUGUUCCAGUAAGAGAGCGGUUAAAUUCUUUUUUGUCUUCUGGAAAUUCUCUCGGAAAGGAAAAAAACAUGAGUGAAUGUGCACAAACUUUAAGAAAAUUUGAAAUGGGUAAAUGACACAAAUGGAUUCCUCUUCUAGAUGUACCUUCUUGGGAUCAGUGAAUGGCUUGAACAGAAGAUAAUGCUGGAUUAUUACAAAUGCUUAUCCACUUGUGUGGAUAGGAGUCUGUUGACUCUUGGUGUAUGAGAGGCAUGUGAGAAUAAUAAUAAUUUUUCAAAAUAUUGA